UUUGUUUUCAUUUGUUGCCAUCGAAAAUAUCAGAUACCGUUUGAGUUUCUAGUUAGCAAUGGCGUGAACAUUUCAGGCACUGUUGAUCAUUUUUGUGUUCAUUUGCACAAACUAACUAGCACUGACAGUCCUAGAUAUCUGGAUUCGAUUGUUUAUCGUGAGCUAACUUGUGACAUUAGGUCAUUUACAGUAAGCAUUAGUUAGCAUUGCGAGCUGUCAAUUUGCUGAGUUAGCUAGCUAGCUUCAGUUGGAAAUACAUUAAUUCUGCAGUGGGCAUUGAUUCCGGAGAACAACUGUCGCAAUGUGGAACAAAGUGGAACUUCUAAUCAAUGAUGAUACAAACACUGUUCGUUUGGGAAAUGGCUCAGCGCAACUUGGUGACGGCGCUUUAUACCAAGUUGAUACAUUGGUCAAACUGUCCUCAUCGGAAAAGGCUGUGUCCAAUCCAAAACUAUGUGGCUCUAUGACUUCCACCAGCUGCAUCGUCGUCUGUGACACAUCUGUGGUCCUGUUUGAUUCAAGUUUUCAAACGGUGUUACUCCAUCUGUACUUUGACACGUCGGUAGAUGCUGUAUGCUCAGAGGGCAGUUUUUUGCUGGUUGGCGAGAGAAAUGGAAAUCUUCAUCUUAUUUAUGUUCCUCAACAAAAGAUUGUCAUGACAAAGGCAUUGCAGCAGUCCCCUUCCAAUGGUGAGGACUCUACGUAUACGAGUCUCAUUCUUCAAGAGAUCUCUGAUUCCCCAGGGACAUUCCUACUAUUCCUCUCUGUUCAGGAUGGAGUCUUGGUCAUGUCUGGCCUUGACUUGGGUAAGGCCCAGAAAGCCAUUGACAACAUGGACAUUAAGACCCUGAAUGAGCUCCAGGGACUCAUCAGAAUGGAUUUCUGCUCCACUAAAGAGAUUCAUGAUGAAGGCUGUACAACUGCGAUGAUGGCUGACCUGGACAACAGACUGCAGCUCAUUAUUGGGGGGAAAGGAGAAAAUUCUUUGUCUCAGUGGGAGAUGGAUCAGAGUCAGUGCUCUCUGUUCUCCACCGCUGCUUUGGACUCCACCUUAACACCAGGCGUUAGGAAGGUUCAAGUGUUGGGGAAUGUAAUAUAUGUUUUGGAUGAAAAGAACAUGCUGAGCGUGUGGGAUGUGCACUCGCUGGUCAUGCUCUGCUGCUGGCCCGAUCUUGUCAUCCAAGACUUUCUUCUCAUGACCGAGGGGGACGCUGCAUCCACCACAUCGCAAGAGAGCACUAAUGUGAAAAUUAUUACCCUCGGCACCAUAGAUGAUAAACAGAUGAGAAGGCUUAUGGUGCAUUCACUACCAUGCAUGGAUAUUGUGUAUUCUCUGGAGGUCCCUGGGGUGUCUUGCCUGGUCCAGAGUGGGAUGAACAUGGACACAAUUUAUCUGCUGGAGGGGAUUGUGGAGCACCAAGAGAGUCCAGACAGUGCCGUAUCAGCCAUAGUAAUGAGGUGCUUCACGGAGGCCUUACCGGAAAACAGAUUCAACAGACUCCUCUACAAACAUAAGUUUGAAGAAGCUGAGCAGUUUGCUAUAACCUUUGGACUGGACGUCGAGUUGGUGUACAAAGUGAAGCUUGAUGCUAUUGGGGACAAACUGGCCUGUCAUCCCUAUGGCCAGCAGGACUUGACUAAAUGGUCUGACCUAAUAGAGGAGGCAAAGUCCAACCUGAUGAAGAUUACGGAUGAGCAGUAUAUGGUCCAGUACUGCCUGACCGCUGUGUGGCCCACCAUUGACGCAGCAGAGGAGAUGCUGAGUUACGCUGCAACCCGUUUCCCAUCUGCAGAGAUCCAAAUGGCGCUCGCUAAACUGGCAACCUUCUGCAAUCUCCAUGGCCCUGACAACUUUAAGGGUGCACUGUGGAUUGAGUUCCUCAAAAGUGAUGACUACCUGAAGUACAUCUUUGGCCUCUUGAGGUCUGGGAACAUCAGCGGUGCACAGCACCUGUGGCUCCGACAUGAGGGUGAGUUUGUCCAGCAGUUUGAUGAGGACGGUCUGCAGUGUCUGCUGGGUUCAAUCCCCCUGACUGUGCCCUCCGUGGAGCUCUGUCCCUGGUUUAAAGCUGUCAUUGCCCCGUUUGUAUGGAGAGUUCUCCCAAAGAGCCAGAAAAUAUUGGCUCGGUGGUUGGAGCAGAGGGCCAGGAACCUGGAGUUGACAGAGAAGAAUGACUGGCCACACAACGGACUAAAGAUGGCUGAGCUGGGUCUCCCCUCCUCCAUGUCAAUGCCUCUGGAGGAGGACAGCGGUGUAGAGGAGAUGGAGCUUCUCAAAGCUCUGGUUGUCAACCUCCGUCACCUGUGUGACCUCUAUGUCAAGUACAACUGCAAGCUUACGCUGUCUGAGUUUGAGAUGAGCAACACGCGCAGCAUGGCCUUCUUGAUGCUGGAUAAGGUCCUGGCUCCAGAGCUCAUCUCCUCCGUCAUUGAGAACAGCGUACGGCCCUACGCUUUGGAGCAGAACCUCGACCUCAACAUGACACUGCUGCUCUACAUUAAGGAUCUGUCAGACUCUUGCAGUUCGCAGGCGACAACUAUCUUUUCGGAGUGGGAGGACAAAGCAGUGGCUAUUCUGCGGUGUAUGACCAACACGGACCUGGUGAUGGAUGCUGUUCUGGACAUCAUGUUCAAAGCUGUGGUGCCCUGGAGUGAGACCGUGGAGUGUCUCGUUCAGCAGUACCUGGAGAAGGAGCACCCCAAACAGGAGCUGCUGAAGGAAAGCUACCGUUGCAUGGAGACGAAGAAGCUCCUGAGCCGCUAUGGCGUUCGUAACCUCUCCCGCUCAACUGACAUCAUGAUGCUGGUGAGGCAUAUUCUGAGACAGAACCUCUCCACGUCUCUGGAGGACGCCCUGUGUUUGGCCAAGGCGUACCAGCUCAACUCCUCCCAGAUUCACUACCUUUACAUCCUCCAGCUCCUGGACAACAACAAGAUGGAUGAGAUUAUGGCACUGUUCAAACGAAUGGACCCUGUGGAGGCCAAAGUGACAAUUCAUCGCUUUUCCAGCUGGGCUGCAGUGUUCCUCACAGACAAAGAGCACAUUUCGGAGGAGCAUAAGAAAAAGAAAAUGGUGGUCACAAAGAUGGCAGUGGAGGCACUAAGCUACUUGCGGAGUUUCCAGACAACGGAAAACUCAGUUAUGCAAAUAGGAAGUCUAGAUGACCUCCAGAGAUUCAUGACCAUUGCUCACCUCCAGGAGGACUUUGACGUCUUUCUCACGCCGGACGAGAUGGACGACCCGAAGGUGCGCAAGCUGUUCGAAGAGCAGGUGUCUAAAGCCUACGAGAACACAAAAGGCGUGAAGCAGUUCGCCUCCUCCAGCCACGCUGAGGAUGCGGCCAAGCCCUCUCAAGACCCCGGGGGCAAGAUCAAGAGCCCGGUCAACGGCCUGUCCAGCACCGCCACCUUCUCCGAGGCCGGCCUGUGCCGCCUGGCGCGGCGCCUGCAGCUCACUGAGCAGGAGCUGUGGGCGGGCAUGGCACACCGCGCCCUGGAGGCUGGCAAAGUGGAGAAGGCCCUCAAGAUCCUCAGAGAACUCUACCAGCAGCAUCCAGACUCUGACACGGGCAUGGUUCUCUUCCGGGCGGCCCAGCGCCUGUGCCACAAUCUGAGGGAUGAUGUCCCCAUGAUCCUUCCUGAGCGCUUCAACCUGCCAGCAGUCAUUCAUCAGCUUACCUGCCAGGCCAUGGCUAUCUGCAGCUCAGACUUGCUGCUUGACUGUCUGGAGCUCAGCAAAAACACACAGAGAGCUGUAGAUUUGUAUUGCCAGUGUCACAUUGAUGAUGACUAUGGCCUUGUUGCUAAGAGUCCCAAGCCUGGUGGUGAACAGGAGGCACGCCUGGAGUUGGUGUUGAACAACUUCUUCAGUGAGGAUGGGAUAGUCCUUGAUCCUGUCACUGCCCUGCCUCUUCAGUACAAGAUCACCACCUGCCUCAUGCCCCUCUUCUCUGAUUCUAAAAUGUACCGGUACCCUCUGGAAACUUUCUCUCUGGCCUAUUGUACUCUAAAUGGGGAUGAGGACUUCUUGGAGCCUGUGCUGGGCCCCCUGGUCAGCAUGCUGCAGAUCCUUCAGGAGAGCAGUCAGCUGGAGCUGGGCCUGGGCCUCCUGCUGGACUCCUACAUGACCAUCCUUCACCAUGUGGCCUCUUACACCACCACCACCGUCUCUAGUGACCAGGACCAUGAGGAGAAGUGGCGUGUCAAGGUGAAGGAGCGCGUCGCCGUCGUGAGGCAGACGGCAUUCUCGGCUCUUAACGUGAUUGUGGUGUCAUUGUUGCAGAAGGUUCUGAAGUGGAAGUUGGUAGACUUUGAGUUGGCCAUUGGGCUGUGCACCAUCCUGCCAAAAGCUGAGGUGUUGCCCAUAUUGUGGAAGAUCAUCUCCAGUGCCUGGCAGAACUAUGAUAAGAUCACGGAAGUGGCCAGAGUUGGAGCACAUGUCUGCUGCAUAUAUGAGGAUGAGGUGGAGAGACAGAAGUUCCUGACGGUGAUAACUGAUGCCGAGUGGGGCAGCAGACUGGGAAAGUUGGGUGUUUCCAUUCAGUCUGUGUUCAGGCAGUGUCCUGAGACCAAGAGGAAUCUUAUUCCUGUUCUGGUUAAGAACCGAAACAUCACCCCAGACAUCAUACUGCAGUACUGCAGCACAUACAGACUGGACGGUGAGCAGGCCAUCAACCUGCUGAUCACCACCCUGCUGCUCCAGGAGGACGGGGAGGUGGAGGAGGCUGGGGCAGGGGACGCAGGGGCUGACGGAGCUCCUCUUGACCCUCUGGAGCGAGCUCUGAAGGUCAUCCCACAGCUCCACUCCACCAGGGACAUCUUUGUCAGUCUCGACGCGGUCAUCCCUAAGCUCAGCCCAUACAACUAUGAGAAGAUUGAGAGGAUUCUGAACACGCUAGAGGCAGCCAACGAGCGCACCAGCCUCUUCCCCCUCAGCCAGAUGACCGGGCUGCUGCAUCACCUGAAAUCGUACCGCCGCAUCGCUCCUGCCACGGACAUGGAGAGCACCUACCUGUUCGAGAACUCCUUCGAGCUCACGCCGCUGGCCAACACACGGCUUCCCUUCCACAUGCUGCUUGAGACCAAUCACUUCUUCUGGAAGAUCAUCGCACCAGAGCUAAGUGAAGAAACCCUCCCCACGUUGUUGCUAAUAUGCAAACUGAUGAAGGUCAGCGUGGAUAAGUUGUACAUGCUGGUGGUGAAUCAUGUCUUUGAGAAGAGGCUGAAACCGAUGAUCAUAGAAAGGGCCAAGAGAGGGCAUUGCCAUACUCAGAAUGAUGAAACUGAUGCAGUGGUGAAAGCCAUCUUUGACUAUACUCUCUGCAUACAAAAUCUGGAGCUGGCGGCUGCCACGGUCCAUAAAAUUGCGCAAGAGCUCCCAGCAGGAACGGAAAAGACAGCAUUUUUGAAAUUCUGCUUGGAACUUGGGCACAAAUUGCUGAAAUCGCCGAGUCUUGAGGAGGAGGUGCGACUGCGAGGAGAGACCAUCAUCUCAAAGAUGCAGCAUCAGUACCAGCGCUCGGCCAUCGAGAACAUGGUGAUGUCCAGCCAGCUGAGCUCUCCGGAGCUGCUGAAGCUCACUGGGCAGCCAGGCCGUCUCAUCGUAGCCCUGUUUGAGCACGGCAGUGUAGAGGAGUGCAUGAAGAACCCAGCUGGACAGAGCUACCCUGAUAUUCAUGCCAUUGUUAAAGAGAUUGCCACCAUCAGUGGAAUUGAUCUGCUGAAAGUCCGGAAUUUUCUGCUGGAGAAAUGGCUCUGUAAAAUUGAAUCCUCUACACCAAAGGAGCACGACCACCAGGACUCUGUCACAGACAUCGAGAGUGAUCCAGACAUGAUGAGAGUGGUCUAUCUGCUGCGCAUGCACCCCAUGGACAUGAGUGCUCGGCUGCUGUGCCCCGUCCUCACCGCGGAGUCCUGGCCUCUGGGAGGUUCGGGGUCGCGUCUAACCUUCGAGCAUCGGAGUCGUGCCCUGUAUUGUCUCAGCCACAUUGCUGAUGGGGCCACACUCGAAGGCCUCCUGCAGAUCCCCAAAAGCAAAGUCAAGCAGUACACCCAGUGCUAUGUGUACCUCUCUCAACUGGAGAAGCUGAAUAUCCCCUACACCCUGGAGUUGUUCCUCAAAAAACCCAAGGAGGGCAUGAUCAAAGGCUUGUGGAAGAAUCACAGUCAUGAGCCCAAGGCGGUCCGUCUGGUGGCCGAUCUGUCCAUCGAGUACCAAAUGUACGACACCCAGCUGUGGAACGGCAUCCUGCAGAAACUGGUGAUCUUUAACAUGAACAGCUACUUACAGAAGCUAUUGGAGACCAUUGGAACUAUCCCUUGUCUUUGGGAGGUCCCCAGUCUGCUGAGGACGUGGAGGAAUGUAAUACUCAUCCCCUUCAUGAACGCCUCAGUGCCCCUGAACCCAGAGCAGCAGGCCACCUUCUACAAGACCUUCGUGCUCAUCCUCAAGUGCCCGUUUCUGUUGAACCUUGAUCUGAUUGGUGUUGCCAAGCGCUUUGCUCAGUCCAGUAUGCCGGCCUACUCAUUGGGCACUCUCCUGCUCAUCCCAUGUGCCAAGAAGAGGGAGCAGCACAUUCAGGGUUUCAUGAUGUCUUGUGAUCCAGUCCUGAUCUUGGAUCAGGUGAAGACACACAUGUGCACUGGAGAGCUGGCUGGAGUUCCCUCCCUGGUUAUGGGCACCGUGUUCACACACUUAUGCCAAAAACGGCAGUAUGACAAGUUGAUCAAGACUGAGCAUUUUCAGGACUUCAAGCAACAUUUUAUCACAAAAUGCCCUCCAAACCAGAUGACGGACUUGGUUGACUACCUUGUCAGCUGUAAGAGGCAACAGGACGCCAUCAGCCUAGCCAAGGUUUAUCUGAAGUCCAUGGAGCAUCGAGACGGAAAACAAAUGUCACAACAUGAUCCUGUCAAGGAGUAUAUGGAGAAGACCUUGGACUCACUGGGAGGACAGAAAGACAUGUAAACGUUAUUUCUACUAUUAUAUUAUCUUUGUCAUUUGCACCUUUGUCAUAUUAAAGCUAUUUAUCCAG